AUAUAAUAGUCCAAGUUUUAUUAGGAUUGAAGGAAGCACCUUUCCGUCUUCUGUACUUAAAUCUGUUCAUACCUCCAAAUUUAGCCACCAUUUUCGUCUCAUUCAAUUCCGGGCUAAUCACAUAGUCCGCUUUUUUGGUCAUAUCAUAUUAAUCCAAUCUUAGACCCACAUCUCCUCCACUGGCAAUCAAGAACUCAACUUUAUUGCCCCCAAGAUCGUCAUAUCUGUAACUCAAACUUCAUAAAGACAGGAGUUCUGGAGGUGAUAGCUGAUUCUCUCGAGGCGAUUCCGUUUUGAGAAACUACACAUGGAUCACAAUAUUACUAUUGAGGAUGGUGAGGGAAAAAAUGCCCUUGAAUUGGCGAGAUCAUCUUCGGACAAGCAUCUUGAUCUCUUAAGACCAUCAGCUCGAUAUUAUUCAGUAUUUAAAGGACAAGGAACGGAUACAACUGACCGUGAAAAAGGAAAGUAUACUUUGAUCAGAGAUGCAGAUGACUACCAACCAGGCAUAUUCGACAAGCCCUUACCAUGCUUUGGUUGUGGAGUGGGAUGGUUUUCUUUUCUCUUAGGGUUUGUUUUCCCACCAAUGUGGUACUAUGCCACAGUGCUAUAUUUUGGAAACUACUACAAAAGGGAUCCUAGAGAGCGAGCGGGGCUUGCUGCUUCUGCCAUUUCGGCAUUGGGGUUUACUGUCGUGUUGUUGAUCGUGCUGCUGAUUCUACAUUUCUAGCUCUGACGGCAUUUUUCAAACUUGGAUGUGUGGUGGUGCCAGAUUCGCCAAGUGGCGUGCCGUGCUUAAGAUUGGUUAUAGAUUGUAAAUUUGUGUUACUACGGCUACAUAUUUCAUUGUAGAUAACGAUUCACAUCACUUCUGCAAAAUUUCAUUCUGCACUGUUGCAGGGGACGAAAAUCUAAAGAAAAGAAUGAGAGGAUUCUAAAAUGUCGACCCAAAAUGCGGGAAAAGACCCGUGGGAAGACUAAAAUGUCUAAUUACAGUGAGAGGAUUUCAAAAGGCAUACGUUGUCUAGAUUACUGUUUCUUUGUAGAAACAAUAAUAAUACCAUUUUCGUUAUAAAAUUGCAAAGGAUUAUGAAUAAUUUCUUG